CGUCCUCGUUAGUAUAGUGAGAAAAUGCAGAUCUUUGUGAAGACCUUGACCGGGAAGACCAUCACCUUGGAGGUGGAGCCGAGUGACACCAUUGAGAACGUCAAGGCCAAGAUCCAGGACAAGGAGGGCAUUCCUCCCGACCAGCAGAGGCUGAUCUUUGCGGGCAAGCAGCUGGAGGAUGGCCGCACCCUGUCCGACUACAACAUCCAGAAGGAGUCCACCCUCCAUCUUGUCCUGCGUCUGCGUGGUGGGAUGCAGAUCUUUGUGAAGACCUUGACCGGGAAGACCAUCACCCUGGAGGUGGAGCCGAGUGACACCAUUGAGAACGUCAAGGCCAAGAUCCAGGACAAGGAGGGCAUUCCUCCCGACCAGCAGAGGCUGAUCUUUGCGGGCAAGCAGCUGGAGGAUGGCCGCACCCUGUCCGACUACAACAUCCAGAAGGAGUCCACCCUCCAUCUUGUCCUGCGUCUGAGGGGUGGGAUGCAGAUCUUUGUGAAGACCUUGACCGGGAAGACCAUCACCCUGGAGGUGGAGCCGAGUGACACCAUUGAGAACGUCAAGGCCAAGAUCCAGGACAAGGAGGGCAUUCCUCCCGACCAGCAGAGGCUGAUCUUUGCGGGCAAGCAGCUGGAGGAUGGCCGCACCCUGUCCGACUACAACAUCCAGAAGGAGUCCACCCUCCAUCUUGUCCUGCGUCUGCGUGGUGGGAUGCAGAUCUUUGUGAAGACCUUGACCGGGAAGACCAUCACCCUGGAGGUGGAGCCGAGUGACACCAUUGAGAACGUCAAGGCCAAGAUCCAGGACAAGGAGGGCAUUCCUCCCGACCAGCAGAGGCUGAUCUUUGCGGGCAAGCAGCUGGAGGAUGGCCGCACCCUGUCCGACUACAACAUCCAGAAGGAGUCCACCCUCCAUCUUGUCCUGCGUCUGAGGGGUGGGAUGCAGAUCUUUGUGAAGACCUUGACCGGGAAGACCAUCACCCUGGAGGUGGAGCCGAGUGACACCAUUGAGAACGUCAAGGCCAAGAUCCAGGACAAGGAGGGCAUUCCUCCCGACCAGCAGAGGCUGAUCUUUGCGGGCAAGCAGCUGGAGGAUGGCCGCACCCUGUCCGACUACAACAUCCAGAAGGAGUCCACCCUCCAUCUUGUCCUGCGUCUGCGUGGUGGGAUGCAGAUCUUUGUGAAGACCUUGACCGGGAAGACCAUCACCCUGGAGGUGGAGCCGAGUGACACCAUUGAGAACGUCAAGGCCAAGAUCCAGGACAAGGAGGGCAUUCCUCCCGACCAGCAGAGGCUGAUCUUUGCGGGCAAGCAGCUGGAGGAUGGCCGCACCCUGUCCGACUACAACAUCCAGAAGGAGUCCACCCUCCAUCUUGUCCUGCGUCUGAGGGGUGGGAUGCAGAUCUUUGUGAAGACCUUGACCGGGAAGACCAUCACCUUGGAGGUGGAGCCGAGUGACACCAUUGAGAACGUCAAGGCCAAGAUCCAGGACAAGGAGGGCAUUCCUCCCGACCAGCAGAGGCUGAUCUUUGCGGGCAAGCAGCUGGAGGAUGGCCGCACCCUGUCCGACUACAACAUCCAGAAGGAGUCCACCCUCCAUCUUGUCCUGCGUCUGAGGGGUGGUUUUUAAACUUUCUGCUUGCUUUGAGCCAUUGAAGUAAGCUUCAUUGCACUUUGUUUCAAUAAAGCUGUUUGGACU